AUGUUAAAUACUUGGGUUAACAGCGAGGUCAGAGACUUUGCCAGUAGUCCAAGGAGUCACUUUGAUGCAGACAGCGGCACAUCCCCGAGACUCACAGCAGAUCACCAUGAACCAUCAUCACAUACCCACAGAGAACAGCCUUCUUUCAACGACAGUAUAAGAAACAACCAUCCGAUUUAUCCGACUACAAACACACCACAAUCAACUGGAAACUCACCAAGCUAUCCAUCAUCGCCCUGGCAGCAAGGAGCCGGUCGAUCACCCACAGAUCAGCCAAGUGUUUCAAGUGUCUACUCUGCGAGCCAUGAUCAGCCAUCACCCUACGGUGCACCGCAUGACCAAACCAGAGACCGCGUCCCGUCUCCAAGAGGGUACCAGAUGUACAGCUCUGAAGAAACAACGAAAUUUCCGCUCCAGGAUCCACAGGAGGCGUGCUUGCUAAGAUAUUUCGUGGAGGAGUUGUCACAUUGGUUGCUACCAAAACUUACACCUCACGACGCAGUAGAAUAUACAUUGAAAUGUAUCCCUGCGCUCCGAGAUUUUCAUACUAUUCAAGAUGACGAAAAGCUCGAGAGUAUAAUAGCGACAGCUGUCAUUCUUCGUCAACUAGAAGAGAUCGACGAUGAAGAAGACAGCAGCAGCGACCACUCCGACCAAGAGCGGAAUAACCACGGAAAAGAAGCACCGACGUCAAAGCCUCAGGUGAAUUUCUUGGCCAUUAUCGAUGCGGUCCUAAGAAGCCCACCGUCACGGACCCUGUUCGGUCGCCGAUCCCUCAUCCAAGCGGCAUACUGGAUGGCCGUUCGCCAGGAGCUCUACCACUCGUUCACUAAACGGCACCCGCCCAAGAUGGUUCUAGACGCGGAAUACGGCCUCGGCGCGUCAAAAGCGAACAAGAUUGUCCUGCACACGGCACAAGUUGCAAAGUGGCGAUGGGCAGACGGGUCUGAGCAGGAGUGGUUGAGACUGCAAAAACAGGGCGAAUUACUUGAAGAGGAAGCGCUGAGGGAAUACCAGCCGUUUUACGUGCGUCCGGCUGACAGGUCUAAUGGGGAGAUCUUCCCGAUUAUCUGGUACUCGUCCGCGCUCGAGGUGACAAGCAUGCAGCUGUGCAUCAUAGCCAAGAUGGUUCUCAUGGCUGAGAAUCCCUUUCUCGGAGGGAAUUCAUCAACACGUGCGCAAUGGAGAGACAUUGAGAAUCAGGUUCGACAAAUGAUACUCGAUUUGUGCGGUAUUAGUCUCUGCCAUCCAGGUUGUCCGCCUGCUUUGGUGCAUGCUGCGUUUGGGAUGGAGCUGUAUGGGGAUUUCUUCACUGAUGAGUAUGAGCGGAAAGCGUUGAGGGGCGUUGUUGAUAAAUUUCGUGAUGCGAGGGCUUGGCCUGUCCAGAACCUGUCGAGGAUCUUCGAGUAG